AUGGGUCUCGUGAUGAAUCUGCGAGGCUCGAGAACAGAGGGUGCCCAACAAGAAAGCUUACCCCUUUCGGGUCCGGGUGGCAACCCAAAGAGGAAAUGGAGUAAUCUAAUGCCUCUUAUUGUGGCCUUUGUGGUCAUUGCGGAGAUCGCGUUUCUGGGUAAGUUGGAUAUGGCCAAAAACGCCGCCAUGGUUGACACCCUCGCUGACUUGUUCUACCGCUCUCGUACGGUCGUUGAAGGUGACGAUUUGGGGUUGGGUGCGGUGACUGGUGAUCGGAUUUCUGAAGCGGAUAGUUGUGAGAAAUGGUUGGAGAGGGAAGAUGCUGUCACGUAUUCGAGGGACUUUUCCAAAGAGCCUGUUUUUGUUUCUGGAGCUGACCAGGAGUGGAAGUCUUGUUCAGUUGGAUGCAAAUUUGGGUUUACUGGGGAUAAGAAACCUGAUGCUGCAUUUGGGUCACCUCAUCCAAGUGGAACAGCUAGUGUUCUGCGAUCAAUGGAAUCAGCAGAAUACUAUGCUGAGAACAAUCUUGCCAUGGCAAGACGGUGGUAUGAUAUGAUGGCACCAGUGCAGCCAAAAACUGAAGCUGCUCUAGCAGCUGCAUUCAUUUCCAAUUGUGGUGCUCGAAAUUUCCGGUUGCAAGCUCUUGAGGCCCUUGAAAAAUCAAAUAUAAAGAUUGAUUCUUAUGGUGGUUGUCAUAGGAACCGUGAUGGAAGAGUGAACAAAGUGGAAGCUCUGAAGCACUACAAAUUUAGCUUAGCAUUUGAAAAUUCUAAUGAGGAAGAUUAUGUAACUGAAAAAUUCUUCCAAUCCCUUGUUGCUGGAACUGUCCCUGUGGUUGUUGGUGCUCCAAAUAUUCAGGAAUUUGCUCCAUCUCCUGGUUCAAUUUUACAUAUUAAAGUGAUAGAAGAUGUUGAGUCAGUUGCAAAGACCAUGAAAUACCUAGCAGAGAAUCCCGAAGCAUAUAAUCAAUCAUUGAGGUGGAAGUAUGAGGGUCCAUCUGAUUCCUUCAAGGCUCUUGUGGAUAUGGCAGCUGUACAUUCAUCCUGCCGCCUUUGCAUUCACUUGGCCACAGUGAGUAGAGAGAAGGAAGAAAAUAGUCCAAGCUUUAAGAAACGUCCCUGCAAGUGCACUAGAGGACCAGAAACUGUGUAUCAUAUCUAUGUGAGAGAAAGGGGAAGGUUUGACAUGGAGUCCAUUUACCUCAGGUCUAGCAAUUUAACCCUGGAUGCCCUGAAGGCUGCUGUUGUUUUGAAGUUCACAUCCCUGAAUCAUGUACCUGUGUGGAAGACUGAAAGGCCUGAAGUUAUAAGAGGGGGCAAUGAUUUAAAACUCUACAAAGUAUACCCACUUGGGUUGACACAGAGACAAGCUCUUUAUACCUUCAGCUUCAAAGGGGAUGCUGAUUUCAGGAGUCACUUAGAAAGCAAUCCUUGUGCCAAGUUUGAAGUCAUUUUUGUGUAG